AUGGCUUCCCACUGUCUUAUUUCAAUCGCUGUCUUUCAAUUCGUUGGUGGUGUCGUGGGUGUCUGCUCUGGAAUUAUUAGAGGCGUUGGAAUGCAGAGAGUCGGAGCCAUCGUCUGCAUUGUAUGCAUGUACUUAGUCGGUGGACCACUUGGUCUCUGUCUUCUCAUGCUCACAGAUCUCGGCGUUUCAGGCUUUUGGUGGGGCUUGUCUGUUGGGAUGGGAGCGGAAGCUGUAGUCUAUAUUAUCCUCAUUCUACGAAUCGAUUGGCAUAAGAUGUGUGAGAAGGCUGCCCAAAGAACUGAAAUCAAAUUUGUGAAUGGAGCCUCGAGGGAAAUUGAAAUCGAGUUUGAGCCUAAAACUGAUGGAGGAGAAGAAAUUUCCGAAGAAAUUGAAACAGACUUCGAAGAAGUGAAAGCCUGCACUACAAAGCUCCUUCUAACUCGAGGUACAUUUGUGACUUUUUGCUUCUCCACAAUUGUGGUCGCUCUCCUUUGUCGAUUCUUUCUCGAUUGGCGACGACAUUUUCCAAGCUACUGCCACCAUGUGAACGGUAGCCUCAUUCCAAUCGAUUUCACCAAUGGGACUCAAAUCAUGGGCUCUGCCAAACCCUCUUCUGGUGUAGAUACUCUCAUGUAUAUCACGGACUGCCGAUCACACAGAGCGUGUUCUGUCUACUCCCAACAAAGGUAUAUAACUGGGUACAGUUGCCUAACUCGAAACUUCCUUAAUCAAAACAUGGAAUACAAGUCCACAGAGAGCAUCAACAGCGUCUACGAGUUGCAGGAUGACUUGCCGCCAAAGAACAAAGGCCGCUGGGGUUAUUAUCUUCCCUACGGAUUUUGGUAUGAAUUUAAACAUCUGCAAAUGCUAGCUAUUCCACUUAUGUUGACGGGCAUGAGCCACUACGCUAUUGUACCGAUCAGUAUUGCCUUCCUCGGCCAGUUGGGAAAAUCGGAGUUGGCUGCCGGGGGUCUUGCCAUCUCCAUCUUCCAUGUUGCUGGACUUUCAAUUAUCGCUGGGCUUCUAACUGCCAGUGAAACGCUAUUUUCACAAACCAUUGGAGGAGAGAACAAGUUUCGUUUGGGUAUUCAAGUUCAAAAAGCUGGUGUCAUUUUGGCAUUUUGUUGCAUGCCGUGUUGCGCCAUCUACAUUAUCAGCGAGCCGAUUCUUCUCUUAACAGGUCAGCCACCUCUGGUAGCAAGAGGCUCGGCUUUAUCACAGUCGUUUGGAUUUCUGGCUCAAGCGAUUUUCUUGAUCGGGUAUAUCUACAUCUCGAGACUCUACCGAAAAACAUGGGAUGCUAUCCACGUUGAGUUAUGGCAUGAUUGGGGUGUUUGGUUUCGCCUUGCAAUUCCCGGAAUGGUGAUGUCAGGACUUGAAUGGUGGGUCUGUGAAUCUGGUAGUAUCGUUUCUGGUCUCCGUGGUGAGAAUGCGUUGGCUGUACAAACCAUCCUUAAUAACAUCGAGUCACUUCUCUAUUGCAUGUUCCCACUGGGAUUACUCCUCUCCACAACAAUACGAAUAGGUCAAUUUCUUGGGGCAAAUAAUGCAGAUGGACCCAGAGCUACAUCGAUAGUCGGAUUGACUACAAUCCUUGUCAACAGCGUCAUUAUUUCAAUUACACUUAUCUUCACUAGAUCUUAUAUUCCUCGACUAUUUUCAAGUGAUCCGGCAAUCAUUGAUUCAGCGGCUGACGGAUUGAUAGCAAUAGCCGUCUUUCUAUUUGUGGAUUCAAUUGUGGCCGUGUGUGCGGGCAUUAUUCGCGGUGUUGGAAUGCAGAAAGCUGGUGGCAUUGUCUGCAUUGUUUGCAUGUAUCUGAUUGGAGGACCACUUGGAAUCUCUCUCCUCUUACUUACUGACCUCGGUGUUGCAGGUUUCUGGUAUGGCCUGAGUGCUGGAACAGGAAGUGAAGCAAUCAUUUACAUCAUUAUAAUCCUUCGAAUUGACUGGAACAAAAUGUGCAAGAAGGCCCAAAAGAGGACUGAAAUAAAGUUCAUCAAUAAGAGUGCAAGUCAGCAACAAGUUGAAGACAAAGAAGCGGCUGAGGAAUCAGAGGCCAGUGAUUUGGAGAAAGUGGACAGUGAUUCAGAAGUGAAAGCCUGUACACAAAGAAUUGUGUUUACUCGAUCUAUAUUAAUCACACUUUGCUUUAUGUCGAUCAUAGCUGCACUGGUUAUUCGUUUUCAAUUUGAUUGGAAAUCGUAUUUCCAGACCUAUUGCCUUCACAUGAAUGGAGACCUUAUAGCAGUACCAACAGCCAAUGCUACUGAUUUCGAUUUCAGUAAAUGCCAACAAAUCUUGCCCUAA